UCGCUAGAGCAUACAUUGACCAGUAUACGUUGUGCGUUGUACAUAUCAUAUAUAGUCAAACAAAAUGGCUCUGAAGAUUUUUAUUUUACUUAGUUUGUUAACUGCUUACGUAGCCAGUGAUUCUUGUGUCACGUACGAUUUCGAAGAAAAUUUCGAUAAUUUAUUUAGUACCUACGGCACUUGUUAUACUAUACAAGCUCCAUCAUGGGUUAUCGGCGAGUACAGCGACUUGGACAUAGCCAGUCCAAACGAGCGCAGUACUAAAUUCAUUAAACCUUCGGCAAAUGAUCGAGCUAAUUGUGUAGCAUCUUUCCACCUGACGAUGCACUUUGGUGGUAUAUAUGAAUUCAAUUUCUAUUUAGAUCUCGCAGACGAUAGGGACAACAUUCAAAUUAUGUCCUUUUCUGACGAACCCGAUACCUUUUCUGCUAUAACAGGAAUAUUCUUUGUAAAUUCUGGUACUGGAUGGCAGACUGUAAGAACCACAGUAAAUGGUCCAGCGUCUUACAGAGGAUAUAUUGCUAUAUUUUCCAUGGCGUCUCCCAAUUCUACAGUUUUGGUUGAUUCCUUCCGCUAUAUACCGCCUGGUAUGGAUGAAAGUUUAUGUCAGAUUUACGGAUAACCAGCCACCCACCACACAAACACAUCUGAAGCUGACGACGUUUUUGAGAGAAUGUUUUUUAUUUCGAUAUUAUUUUUGGUCUUUUUUGUGUCAAUUAAAUCUAAGUAAAUCUAUUACUAAGUAAAAUAAAGUAUUAAAAUUAAA